AUGGCCCCCAAAGGCCAGAAAUUUGAGCUGAAGACUCCCAAGGGGACUAAGGAUUGGGAGGGCAAGGACAUGGUAAUUCGAGACAAGAUCUUCUCUACCAUCACCGAAGUCUUCAAGCGCCAUGGAGCAGUCACAAUAGAUACACCAGUCUUCGAAUUGAAGGAGAUUCUUUCAGGAAAAUAUGGCGAAGACAGCAAACUCAUCUAUGACCUCGCGGACCAAGGAGGGGAAAUAUGUUCCCUGCGAUACGACUUGACUGUCCCGUUUGCCAGAUGGCUGGCUAUGAAUCGAGACGUCCAAAAUAUCAAGCGGUACCACAUCGCAAAAGUCUACAGACGAGAUCAACCGGCAAUGACCAAAGGCAGAAUGAGGGAGUUCUACCAGUGCGAUUUCGACAUAGCUGGUGUUUACGAUCCCAUGCUGCCAGACGCCGAGAUCGUACGGAUUACGACUGAAGUUUUCGAAGGACUGGGAUGGAAUGGGCGAUAUACGAUCAAGCUCAACCACCGAAAGAUAUUAGACGGGAUCUUCGAAGUUUGCGGUGUACCAGCAGAGAAGAUCCGGACUAUUUCAUCUGCGGUGGACAAGCUGGACAAGCUGCCUUGGGAGGAGGUGCGCAAGGAAAUGACUGAGGAGAAGGGUCUUGAUGGCAGUGUUGCAGACAAGAUUGGCGAAUAUGUGGUCCAAAAGGGACAGAAAGACCUUCUCAGCAAGCUACUGGCCGACCCCCUACUUACCGCGAACGAGUCUAUGAAGGCUGGCAUGGCAGAGAUGGGACUAUUAUUUGAUUACUUGGAAGCCUUCAAUUGUCUGGACAAUGUUUCAUUCGAUUUGAGCUUGGCACGUGGACUGGAUUACUAUACCGGUUUAAUUUACGAGGUUGUCACAGAAGGUUCAGCACCCCUUGCAACGACAUCAGCAGCCACAGCAGCGCCUCCCAAAGGUUCGAAAAAGCCUUCUGGUGGCAAAGUUGGAGCAGACGUCGAUGAGGACCGAUCAUCAGAUCCUAGCGUUGGAGUUGGUAGUGUGGCAGCUGGUGGACGAUAUGAUAACCUAGUCGGAAUGUUCUCAGGCAAGAACCAAAUACCUUGCGUAGGAAUUUCGUUCGGUGUUGACCGAAUUUUCUCCAUCACCAAGGCGAGAAUGGCGGCAGACAAAAACUCGGAAUUGGUCAGGAACAAUGAAGUCGACGUCUAUGUGAUGGCUUUCGGCGGAAAGGGGUUCACAGGUCUCGUGAAAGAACGCAUAGCCAUAUGUGCUACCUUAUGGGAAGCCGGAAUCAAGGCUGAGUUCUUAUACAAAGUCAAGCCAAAGCUACCCAAUCAGUUCAAGGCAGCAGAAGUAAAUGGCGUACCAAUGGCAGUCGUCAUAGGCGAAGACGAGGUUGCCCAAGGCAAAGUCAAGAUCAAGGAGAUGGGUCUUCGAGAAGGCCACCCUGAGAAAGAUGGUGUCUUAGUCAACCUCGCGGACCUUGUACCAGAGAUCAGACAGAGGUUGAAGCGGAAGACAACUCUGGAUCAGCUAGCGCAGGAGGCAGAGGGCUUGAGAGUAGUCGAUGGGAUCAAAGGGGAGCCUGAGAAGACAGAGGAUGUGCCUGAGACAGAAAAGCCAGCACACGAGUCACUAUUGUCGCAGGAAGCUAUUGGUGCUGUGCCUGCAUCGUAG